GAGGGAGAAAGAAGGACUAAAAGGGGCGGGGCCAAGAUGCCGGCUGGAAUGUCUUGAGCGCGGCGGAGGGAGAGAGUUCGGGGCAGAGUAAAAUGUAUUCCUUCCUCAGGCGACUUGAGGACCAGUGGCAUGUUGGAGAUCUUAAGCACUACAUGAUGUCUGUCAACUUGUUGAAUUUAAUGAGUUGAAGAAACUGUUGGAGAAUUGCUUUGAUCAAUAUUUGUUAGUGAAGCACUUUAAAGGCGAUGUCAACUACUCUUUCAGUGCUGCAGGAGGAGCUGGGGUCUGUUGACGAUGAACUGCAGGCACUGGAAAUCCAGAUUCAAGAACUUCUUGAACAUCAGCAACAACUAAUUCAAAAGAAGACCAUCCUGAAGAAGAAAAUACGACAGUUUUCCGACACGGAAAGCGGGAGCAGCAAAGAGAAUGAAUCAGCAACUGAGGACUGGAACAAAGAAGACUUUCCGUGGUCCGCAAAGAUUAGGGAUGUGUUACAAAAGAGCUUUGGCCUCCAGAAAUUUAGGCCCUUGCAGCUGGAGACAAUUAAUGCAACAAUGGCAGGCAGAGAUGUAUUCCUCGUCAUGCCUACUGGAGGGGGAAAGAGCCUGUGUUAUCAGUUGCCGGCAGAAGGUUCUCAGGGCUUCACCCUUGUGAUCUGUCCUCUCAUCUCCCUCAUGGAGGAUCAGCUAAUGAUGUUGGAACAGCUGGGUAUAUCAGCAACUUUACUGAAUGCUUCCAGCAGCAAGGAACACGUGAAGUGGGUUCAUGCCGAAAUGCUGUCUCGCAACUCGCAACUGAAGCUUCUUUAUGUGACUCCAGAGAAGAUAGCGAAAAGCAAGAUGUUUAUGUCAAAGCUAGAAAAAGCUUAUCAAACAGGACAGCUGACCCGGAUUGCCGUAGACGAGGUCCAUUGCUGUAGCCAAUGGGGGCAUGACUUCAGACCUGAUUACAAGUUGCUUGGGAUCUUAAAACGGCAGUUUCCCAAUGCUCCCUUGAUUGGACUGACUGCCACUGCGACAGGACAUGUGCUGCGCGAUGCGCAGAAUAUCCUCUGUGUGCCCAAAUGCAUCACCUUCACAGCAUCCUUCAACCGACCCAAUCUCUAUUAUGAGGUUCGUCAGAAGCCAUCAUCUGCUCAGAAUUGCAUUGAGGAUAUUGUGAAGCUCAUCAAUGGAAGAUACAAAGGCCUCUCAGGAAUCAUCUACUGUUUUUCCCAGAAAGAUGCUGAGCAAGUUACUAUGAGUUUACAAAAACUGGGGAUUAAAGCAGGUACUUACCAUGCAAAUAUGGAGCCCAAAGAUAAGAGCAGAGUUCACAAGCGGUGGUGUGCCAACGAAAUCCAGGUUGUGGUGGCCACUGUUGCUUUCGGCAUGGGAAUUGAUAAGCCAGACGUGAGGUUCGUCAUACAUCAUUCCAUGAGUAAAUCCAUGGAAAAUUACUACCAAGAGAGCGGACGCGCAGGUCGGGAUGACCAGAGAGCCGAUUGCAUCUUAUAUUAUGGCUUUGGUGACAUAUUCAGAAUCAGCACUAUGGUGGUGAUGGAAAAUGUGGGACAACAGAAGCUGUAUGGGAUGGUUUCCUACUGUCACGAUAUGGGAAGAUGCCGCCGAGUCCAGAUUGCUCAUCACUUUGACGAGGCCUGGGAUUCUGCCAGUUGUAAUAAAAUGUGUGAUAACUGCUGCCAAGAAGAGACGUUGGAGAAGAUGGAUGUGACGGAGCACUGCAGGGAACUCAUCAAGAUUUUAAAGCAGGUGGACCAAAUGAAGCAGAAAUUCACUCCUCUGAAGUUGAUCGAUGCUUGGCUGGGGAAGGGUCUAUCGAAACUGGGAUUGGAGAUUGCCGCUCCCAAACUUCCCCGUGAUGUAUUGGAGAGAAUCGUUGCCCAUUUGAUUCUGCAGCAGUAUCUGAAGGAAGACUUCAGCUUUACAGCCUUCGCCACAAUAUCCUACGUGAAGAUAGGACCCAGAGCUAACCUUCUGAAAGAUAAGGGUCAUGUUAUCACUAUGCAAGGGAUACAGGGCAAAAAUAAAACUGCUAAGGGGAAAUGUUCUCAAUUAUCCAGUCCGAGGACCCCAGGAAAGAAAAUGAAGUUUACAUCCCCAAACCAGGAAGGUGACUCUCCUUCAAAAGAUCAAGUUAAAGCAAAAAAAGUCAAACUUACGGCUAAUAAAGAGGAAGAUGAGCUUGUGAUCAUAGAUUAAGAAAGUUGCUUCUUGGGACAACCUACACACAUCUUUGCCUUGGGAAGACAGGCCAGAGAGUCAGGAAAAGAAUUUGGUUGGAGAAAAUAGGCCACGUAUUGGUGACUGCUAUUACCUGCUGUUCCCUGGCCACUAAGCCAUGUUGGCAAAAGAAACUGCUUUCCUUAUGUUUUUAAACAUACAUACACACUGUCAGAUUUUUUAAAAAGUGCAGAUAUAAAACCCACGGUAAUAGAACUGGAAAGUUUGAGGCAAGCGUUAGAGGCUUGGCAUAGAGGAAAGUAAGCCUGUCUUUAAAAAAUGAAAUGGCUUUUCCAGAAGGGAGGCUCCUCUUUGGCACGAACUCUUCCAAUUUGCUGCUGAAAUAAAAAUGCCUUGAAAUGCAACUUUAUACACUCGCUUCUCCUUGAAAAGUCCAGUUAUUCUGACAUAUCAAAUGUCAAAAGUAAUUCCUGAAAGGCUGAGAGAUCCAGUGAUUGCAGAUAAAAAUCUAGUUCUGGUAUAAAUAUUCGAUGGGGUGCAUAUUUUAGCUUCUAUCCCUAAAAGACGUAGCUGAGUGGAUUUAUGUAGAAUAAAGUUUCUGAUUUAAAAUG